AAAUUGUAUUACAACAAUGGCUAAUCGCCAAAAGCGAAUAGUUAUCCUAUUGAAGGGCCACACCGCGGACUAUGAUCGGAGCCAGGCAAUGCGUCAGAGUAAUUUAAGUCCCAUUUACAUACCCCCAUCGCAGAUUGUGAUGAAGAACCUGGGCUUGCUGAAGGCCAAACUUGAGGCGCCGCACAGAUAUGCCGGAAUUAUCUUCCCCGGACCGCGCAGUGUCCAGGCCGUGUACGAGGCACUGGGCAAUAAUGGUGCGAUGCCAAAUUGCUGGCGUGCCUUGCAUAACUAUGCCUUGGGCGCAAGUACCCAUAGCAGGGCAUACAUGACUCUACGAAAGUUUCCGACGCUUGGAGAUCGUGUGGUGAGUGCCCACAACCUGUGCGACCUGAUUGUGGAGACCAUUGGACCGAAAAGAGACUUGCCCUUUCUCCUGCCUUACGGGAAUGAGGCCGGCAAUACGCUGCGUAUCCGACUGGUGGCUCAGGGGUUUCGUGUGGAUUCUUGUGAAGUGUACGAGAAUCAAAUCCAUCCGAAUUUUACAAACGACAUGAAAAAGGUGCUCAAGGCCAAACAACUGGAGACCAUAGUGUUCCACAGUCUGGCCAGCGUGAGGAGUGCAUCGGAGUUUUUCAGCAAAUAUAAGGUUUCUGUGAACGAUCGCAAACUUAUUGCUGUGGGAGCUGCUGCCCAAAAGGCCAUGGCGGAGGCAAAACUUCCUGUGAGCGCUGUGGUGAACUCCUAUAGCGUAGAUCAGUUGAUAAAAGCCAUCAAACACUAAUUUAGAUGGGAAACUGUUGCCAUAUUUCAUUAAAAUUUUAAUUGUUUUCAUUUCUGGUAUAUGCAUGAAUGUAA